CUUGAGUACCCCAGAAACAGUUUUCGUCAUGUUUUCUUCUGGAUCACUGGGUUUUCAACAAGGUUCUAACAGUGCCAACUUGGAGCUGAGGACAGUCUCAAAGAAUAGAAUGAGUGGCAACACAGUGUUGGAAGACCCAGGAAUACCUCUAGUAAACAGGCGCAACGGGAAGUACUCAAAAUACGUAGAGGACGACGGACAAAGUACAGUCACUGGAACUUCAGUCAUGACGUCAAAGUUUGAUAAUAUCAGCUACCGUCUUAGUAGAAGGAAGGUUUUACUGCGCUAUAGGACAAUCAUUGUUAAUCUAGAGUUCACUUUCGCUGUUUUAGGAAUUGUGCUUAUGCUCGUAGAGACUGAAUUAUUUUUCCAAGGUGUGAUUACUAAGUCUUCUAUCACGUCCAUCGUCCUCAAGUCGUGUAUUUCUGUCUCUACGGUUUUUCUUUUGAUUGGUGUAAUUGGAUACCAUGUGACUGGUAUACAACUUUGUAUGACGGAUAAUAGCCUAGAAGAUUGGAGGCUGGCCGUCAACUUUCCAUGGACAUACUUAAAAGUAUUACUUGAAUUGGCGGUGUGCAUCAUACAUCCUAUACCGGGAAACAUAUCAGUUUCUGCAAUUGAUCCGGAUGGAAAAACUAGAGAAGUUUCAAUCGACGCCAUUUUAUCAAUUCUCAUGCUUAUGCGAGUAUAUUUGCUCAGUAAAUUCAUGGUAGUUCAUAGCAAACUAUUAACAAGCACGGCAACACAGAGCCUUGGCGCUCUAAAUAAGGUUAAGAUAAAUUCAACAUUUGUAUUCAAGGCACUGAUGUCUUCGAUGCCAGGAACAGUAUUAGUCGUCAUAAUGCUGGCCAUUUUGGUCGUAAAUUCUUGGGCCAUGCGAACAUGUGAAGCAUACUACCACCCAGAUGCCAAAAAUUCAAAUUUCUUUAAUGAUAUGUGGAUGAUUGCAAUAACUUUCUUAACUGUGGGUUAUGGAGACACUUAUCCCAACAGUUACUGCGGAAGAUUUGUUUCCGUAGCAACAGGUUUAAUGGGCGUCGGAACAACGGCCCUACUUGUCGCUGUUCUUGCGCAGAAAUUGGAGCAAUCACGCGCAGAGAAAUACGUCCACAAUUUUGUCACCAGGGCACAAUUGGACAAGGAGCGGAAAAUCGCCGCAGCUGACACGAUUAAGUAUGUACUGCAGCUAUGGAGAAUGAGGAAAAAUAAUGAGAACAAUGGAAGAAAACGAAUUCGAUUACACGGGAAGUUGCUGCAAGCAAUAGCUGCAAUGAAAGAAGCUAAAAAUGAGAAGGCCUCUAUAGGAGAAACUGCUAUCGGUUUUAUUGAAAUUGCAAAGAGUGUUAAUGACAUUGUAGAAUUAUCAGAAACGCUCCAAGACACUCAAUCUGAACUUAAAAUGAAAAUGACAGAAAUAGACUCGACGAUAAAAGAUCUACAAGCCAAAAUGGAAGCCGUGUAUAAUACAGUUGUAAGAUGAUGACCACGUGAUCCUAUGCCACGUGACAUGCCAUGUGACAUUAUACAUUACUAAAUACUUACUGGGUGGCGGUAGAGAUGUCUAGAUUGUAGGUUUAAGAAUGCAAUGGCUGACUUUACUAACAACCAAGCUGAAGCAUCUUUUAGUGCAACACUCGAGCUCCUGUUUCGGGUAAUAGACAUUAGAAUCUUAAUGCCUACGAAAAGCCUGAAUACGACCAGCUGACAAAAUUGAUCAUUCAAACACGUAUUUAUUUAUUUAUAUCAAGCUCAAUGUCAAGUUUCAGUUACUGUAUAUGAACUGAACAAGAAUGUGAUAUCUUUGGUCAUAGAACUUUUUUGAAUUAGUUCUUUCAAAAAAAGAAACUGAAAAAGUCUCACAACUGUAGCUACGCGAGAUAUCAACAAAACAUUCUGUAAUACAUGUAACCUCAUAUAACAAUUCAAAUAUAUAAAUGAUCUGAUCAUUUACAUACACGUUAAUAGAUGGAAUAUUAUAGUUUGUUGCUGAAAGUCAUAAUACUAUGACAAUCACACUGCGCUGGUGUAUUAGUUUGCACUAUUAUCAGAACCAAAUAUGUGGCGAGCUAAAAAUACAAAAAUGUAGAAAAUAUACAUCGACAAGACUUUUUUAAUUUCCAUUCUUCAUUUGAUAGUAAGCUACUAUGAAAAGCUAGUGGAUAGGACUGGUGACAUAGAGAAUAGAUGGAACAAUGUACUUUAAUGAUACUUGUGUAAGUAGCCUCCCUCCCAAAACAAGGUUUUUUUUCCAAUAAAUUCCAGAAAAUAAACAAAUAAAAAGGAUUUUCAAACACCAUUCACCAAUUAAACAAAAAACAUGGAUUAUUUUUUAAAAUUAAAAUGACAUGAAGAUUUUUUCCCAAGUACUCUUUGAAUACAUUGAUAUUAGUUAAAUAUAAUAUAGUAUUUUAAAAAAAA